ACUAUGUUUACAAUGAUACCUCAAGAUAUAGCUAAAGGUAUAGCUGAAGGUGAUCUUGAUCCAUUCACCAAAAUGCCAUUUCAGGGGACUGCUAGUGCCAACACAACUUUCAAACUCAAGAAUUUUGAUCUUGGAAGCGUAAAGAAAAAGCUAGAUUUGCCUGUACAGAAGAAUCUUCUGACUCAGUACUUCUGUAUCCUUCUAUUCCUUUUUCCCUGGUUUGUGUAUGUAAUUUUAGUCUGAAAUGUUUCAUAUCAUGGACAACAGUUCAUGUACAUAAAUAUAACUGGUUUAUUUCAUUAAGUGGAUGUUCAGAAGCAUGUGGCCUACUUGUACUGUAAGAUAAGUGGCUAACAAACAAAUGCUAUUACUAAUCUUCAACCCCGAUUUGGA